AUGGAGCUGUCCAGUUUAAUGGUCCGGCUUCACUUUAGCCGAGCCAAAGCAGCCGGACGUUCGGCUGCUGUGCUCUUCGUUGACGGGCAACAGGCCUUCUACUCCACGUUGCGAGAGUAUCUGUGGGGUCGUCUGCAGCAAGAAGGGGGCCUUGAGCAGGCUGUCCAGCGGCUGUUGGAUGGCAUCCAUGUGGACUCACAGAUAUGUGAUAGAGCUAAACAGUUGCUAUCCCAGCCGGGGCGAUUGGUUGAACUGGGCGUUUCGUCCAGUUUGAACUAUAUUUUUCAGGCACAGCUGACUGGUGCAUGGUACUGCAUGAACCCACAGGCCCAGCAGGUUGUGCAGUCCUUUACGGGAACGGGACCUGGAUCACCGCUGGCCGACAUCCUGUUUCAGGUCGUUUUCGACAUAAGUCUGCGCUCCCUUGAACAAAGCUUGCGGGAGGCCGGCAUGCUGCAGUCACCUCUCACGAACGGAGGGGAUAUGCCUUCGCAGUCUUGGUGCCCAUGUUACAUCCCGACAUGGGUUGACGACCUUGCAAUUCUCAUUGACGCCGACGCGCCAACAGAGCUAAUGCGUCGGCUUGAAGCUGCCACUCGCGCGGCGCAUGUGGCACUUGGGCUUGCCGGAAUAGCAGUCAACCACUCCCCAAGAAAGACUGAGGCUGUCCUUGCAAUGCGCGGAAAAGGGUCGCAAGAGGCUCGGCGUCAGGCUUGGGUGAGAGAAGCAGGUGUACACGAGGUAGAGGUUGCAGGACGCACGAUCCGGUUGGUGUUGGCCAGUAGCUACCUUCAUUUGGGCACGACAGUGUGUGCGUCUUCCACAGAUGCUCCAGAUUUGCGAAGUCGCGGUGAGACCGCGUGGGCUAAAUUCCUUCCCGUGCGCAGGCGGGUCCUCACCAACCCUGAGUUAAGCAUUUCCGAACGCAUGCAAGUUGUUGAUUCGCUCGUACUCAACAGCCUCAUGCACGGGGCCGGAGUUUGGACGCUAGCUACCAGCAACGAGCGUGAAAUGCUGCAUGCGGCUUACAUGCGCAUUAUGCGCGGUUGCAUGAAACCAUUGUUGGGCACCAGUGUCGUGGGUUUGACGGACCAGGACGUGUGCUCGGCCCUGUGCGUUCUGAACCCGGAAGAGAACCUGUGGCUGCAUCGGGCACGACUCCUCAUGCAGUUGGUUCGGUCUGACUGCUAUGGCUUGUGGUUUGUUUCCGAGGCGGAAAGCUUCUGGCUCCACCAGGCUGGGCAGGCCUUGUACCGAGUAUGCUACCCGCUGCUAGGUCAGCCGGCGACCAAUGUGGAAUGCGUGCGCGAGUUUCGGCCUUGUAGACAGUGGAUGCAGCAAGCCAAGCAGCAUGCAGCAGCGCUGACGUUUGCGGUGCAAAGCUUCAGGGCGCGGAUUCUUCGUGCGCGGCAGACAGCUUGCAGGGCAGUUCGCAGGAGAAUCUUCAUAGCCAGAAGUCAGUUGCAGGAUGGAAUUGUUGCCAUCCGCAUCCCAACUGGAGUCUGCAGACAGCAUAGCAGCUCGUGGACAUGCCCUGAAUGCCACCAAAUGUUCGCGAAUGCAGCAGCAGGCGGUUCACACAUGAGACACAUGCAUGCGAGGCCUGCGGUUGCUUCGGCUGCCGUGGGUACAGCGUGCCAAUGCUGUUGCGUUGAGUUUUGGUCCACGAGACGCCUAAGGCAGCACUUACGCCAACAGCCGUCUUGUGGCGUCUGCUAUGCUGAGGCGGACCUUGGAUGUGAGGCGCCGCAUCCUGAUGUCGAUGAUGGCUGGCGCCCGCCGAGUACGGUUGCUGGACCACGUCCAUGGUGGGCUACUCUCCAGCCUACUGCCCGGUCUUCCGUUGUCCCACCCAUGUCACUGCCUUUGCCGCCGUACGUUUGUCAUUUUGCCAGGGCAUGUCGGGAUUGGGACUUUGAGAAAAUUAGGCAAUUUUCAGGAGCCACCUUAGUAUGGAAUACAAGAGUGGUUGCUGCUGAAUAUGGUCUUUACACUUGGCCGCCAGACAUAAUCGGGCGCCAGGACUGGGAGGCCAUUUUUGGAACCCUGAGUGCUAUUGUCGAGGCUCACUGUACAGGGACCUGCUUUGAGAGGCAGGUUCUUGGGCUACGCUUCUGGGCACGGGGUGACAUUUUGCAUGUUACAAGAGCCAGCGCAUAG